CCAUUUUCUGUGUACUGUGGGAGACCGGAUAUAGUGAAUGCAGGGUACGGUGAAUGUGGGGAAUGUGAAUGGGGUACGGGGAGACCGGAUAUAGUGAAUGCAGGGUCCGGGGAGACCAGAUAUAGUGAAUGCAGGGUCCGGGAAGACCGGAUAUGGCGAAUGCAGGGUCCGGGGAGAGCGGAUAUAGUGAAUGCAGGGUCCGGGGAGAGCGGAUAUAGUGAAUGCAGGGUCCGGGGAGAGCGGAUAUAGUGAAUGCAGGGUCCGGGGAGAGCGGAUAUAUAGUGAAUGCAGGGUCCGGGAAGACCGGAUAUAGUGAAUGCAGAGUCCGGGAAGACCGAGAUAUGGCGAAUGCAGGGUCCGGGAGAGCGGAUAUAGUGAAUGCAGGGUCCGGGGAGAGCGGAUAUAGUGAAUGCAGGGUCCGGGAGAGCGGAUAUAGUGAAUGCCGGGUCCGGGUGAAUGAGCGAUAUAGUGAAUGCAGGGUCCAGGGGAGAGCAGAUAUAGUGAAUGCGGGGUCCAGG